GGAGUUUGGAAGCAAGGUACAGCGACCUGCAGAGUGAAAACAAGACACCGAGGAGGAGAGAGAGUAAACCCUCUGCUGCUGCGAGAGACCACCUGUGGCUGCCACGUCUACCUGUAACCUCCAAAGUCUUCUCAAAAUGGUUGUGAUACUGAAACCUUGGACAGUGCUGGUGGCCUUAGUGCUGUGUGUGCUGGUCUGUCUGGGAACACUGGCUGAUGCCUACCCCCCCAAACCCGAGAACCCAGGAGAGGAUGCUCCUCCUGAAGAGCUGGCCAAAUACUACACUGCCCUGAGACACUACAUCAAUCUGAUCACCAGGCAGAGGUAUGGAAAGCGUUCAGCUCAGGAGGACGUGGUCGCAGAGCUGCUGUUUGGUGGCGAUAACACCAGAGACCAGAGAUCAAGAUAUGAUGACUCUUACAUGUGGUGAUUCUCCUCCCUCAUCGGACAUUCCCUCUGGGUACAUCCCAGAAUGCACCUGGAGGGGCCGACAUGUGCCUCUUCUUCCCUGUACUCUAAACCCAACAAAAGAGCAUCUCUGACGGAUCACAACCUCCCUCUGUUUCUCCUGUUGUUGUUUCACAUCUCUGUCACUCCAACAAAACUGUACAUAAUUUAUUAUUAAAAUAAAAUAUAUAUGUAUAUGAAAUCACAGAAGGUGGAACUGUGUCUGUGUGUGUGCGUGUGAGCUUUGGUGUCCUUCGACUGUCCAUCAGACUGGAGGAGAUUCUUGUUUUGCUGUUUGUAUUGUGAAAAGUAACAUCAUAAUAUGUGAAUCAAAUGUUUUCUGUGAGAAUAAAAGUUCCCAAGGACUCAUGA